GAUUAGAGAUUUACCGAAAGUUCAGAUGUUUGGAAAUUAAUCACUAAUGUGUUGUUUGCAUUGAAGAGUUGUGCACUGAAAUAUUUAUUUUAUAUUGAAGAUUUUGUGAGCACUGACGAUUUGUAUAGUAAUAUAUUUUAUUUUGAGAUUUUCCUUUGUGUGUUUUUUUCUUCUUCGAUUGGUUUGUAUUUUGAUUCAAUAAUAAGCCUGGUUCAUCACUUUAUCCAGAUAGAAAAUACUCUAUGAUUUCGCGCGGAUAAAAAAGUGAGUGAGCGUCUGUUCGAUAUUGUGAAAUUAACUUGCGAAUAUGCCUAUUGGAUCAAAACAUCAUUUUCUCAAUAUAUUAACUAUAGUUACUUUAGUGUCGUUUUUGAUUGAUAUAUCAAUGUUAAGGUAUUCUUUACCAAAACACUAUAAGUUAUCUAGAAAAUACAACACUUCCACUAAUUCAGCCAUAGGAUUACAUAUAAAAGUAAACAGGAGUGAACAAUUGCGGAAAACAAUAAAGCAUCUCAAAAAAUAUAACACGGGAGUGAAUGGGAGACUAACGUAUAAGACAAAAAAUCAUUCUACACAAAAUCAAUACACGAAAAAAACGGAUGAAAUAAGAGAAACAGUAUGUGAUAAAUGUUUUACUCAUGAUUUUAAAUAUUUGAUAAAUAAUGUGAAAAUAUGUAAGUUAAGUAACAACAAGAACGAUAAAAUAGAUUUAUUUAUCAUGAUUUUCACAGAACACAACAACUUUGAACAACGUGACGUCAUUCGUAGAACGUGGCUGUCAUACUCCAAGAACAAUACUAGUAACGUACGUUUUGCUUUUUUGCUCGGCAAGCCGACAAAUGAUGUGUUUCAGGGAACGGUUGUACAGGAAAAUAACGUGUACCAUGAUAUAAUAAAAGAAGAUUUUAUUGAUACUUAUAUGAAUUUAACAUAUAAGACCAUAAUGGGAUUUAAAUGGGUAGUGAAGUUUUGCCCUACAGCUAAAUAUAUUCUUAAAACAGACGAUGACAUGUAUAUAAAUGUACCAAAUUUUGUACAUUACAUAAACAAAUCUGGUGCAGAGUUAGAAAAUCAUGUGGUCGGUUCUUGUGAAACAAUUCCAAGUCCAAUCAGAAAUAAAAAUUCAAAAUGGUAUGCGUCAAUAGAAUCGUACAAAGAAAGGCGAUAUCCUGGCUAUUGCUCGGGGACUGGCUACUUAACAAGUUUCAAUAUAGUGGAAAAAAUAUUUGCUAUUUCCCCAAAAAUUCCUUUUUUUUAUUUUGAGGAUGUAUAUGUGGGACUAUGUUUAAGAAAAAUCGGAGGAUUUAUAAAAGAUGUAGAAGGCUUUAAUCGUAUCAGGGUUAGAUUAGAUGCUUGUAUUUAUAAUGGUAAAGCAAUGUUUACAUCACACCAAGUAACAGCUAAGGAAAUAGAAACAUUAUGGAACUCGAAAUGUUAAUCGGCACUUUUAUCAAUGUAAAAUUCAAAAUAUGAAAUGAAAGAAAAGGAUGUCAUCUAAAACAGCAAAUCAUUCAUAACAUGUGCGUGAGAAGGACGUCAUUUAGUGUACUAAAGAGCACGUGACUUGCCUUACACGGCUGGGGUAGGGGGUAAGACAGGUUUUCCUAUUCUAGCACCGAUGUUUACAGUAGAUAACCCUUCUUGCAUAUCAGACAUGAUUACCUACCGUUUACACCGGUGAUAGAAAACUCUUUCUUGCAUCUCAGACAGGAUUAUCUACCGUUUACACCGGUGCUAGAAAACUCUGUCUUACACCCCCAUGUAAGACAAGUCGCGUGCAUUAAAUGACGUCAUUGACGCGCGCCUUUUAUGAAUGAAUCGCGUUCUUAGGAUGACGUCAUUUUUCCGUUAUGAAUGAAGUUGUAUGUUCAUACGCUACUAUAAGAAAAAAGUGCGUAAUGAGAAUAACAGUUUGCAUAAUUUCUGUUCCGAAAAUAAUUGACACGUAAUAUGCAAGAAAAAGAAUCAAACACCGGCUUUUGGUACAGACGGGAAUAUCUAGCUCUCGGGUAACUGUUAAGCGGAAACUCGGCAGAGCCUCGUUACCGCUGUAAACAGUUACCCUCGAGCUAGAUAUCCCGGUCUGUACCGGCAGCCGGUGUAAGAUUCUUAUAAUCUUACAUCCCGAUGUAAGACAAGUCGCGUGCUUUAAAUGACGUUUAUUGCUUUUAUGAAUGAAUUGCGUUCUAAGGGUGACGUCGUUGUAUCGUUAUGAAUGAAGUUGUAAGUUCAUAUGUUACUAUAAGAAAAAAGUGCGUAAUGAGAAUAUUAAUUUUGCCUAAUUUUUGUUCCGAAAAUAACUGACAUGUAAUAUGCAAGAAAAAUAUUUCAACACCGGCUAUCGGUACAGAAAGAAUUUAAAAGCUCUAGGGUACCUGGUCCUGUAAGUGAAGAUUCAUAAUAGUCAAAUAUGCAAGAAAAACAUCGCCGUCAAUAACUUGAGGAAAGGGGACAAUAAUGUGAUCAUCUUAGAUUCCAUGUCACCAUACAUGUCUUGUGUAAAGUUAAAUUUUAUAGACUGAACCUUUUACAUUUCUGUUCCUCCUUUACAUUUCAGAAAGCCACAUACCAAUAUUUGAGGUAAUGUAUAACUAGGUAAAGAAAAUAUAUAAUUAAAGGAUAUUUUUACUUCAAGAAACGUCUAUUGAAAUCAAUAAAAUUAUGAGAGAGACUAAAAAUGGAUUGGAGCACCACACUAAAUGUGGCAUUCCGGUAUAUACCGGACAAGGGCGCUUGACUGAUAAAACGCUAAAAUUUUGCAUUUUUGCCCAACGGAAUGAAAUUUAAAAGAUUCAUCUUUUCACACCGAUUUGCGUAUGAUAAUAAAUGAAAAAUGUAAUUAUCUGCAAAAAUAAACGAUAUUUGUCUAUUUUGACAACAUGAUUUCUGCAAGCGUCUAGCGAUACUGUUCCACUGCUCCUCGAUUUAAGGAUGUAAUGACUUAAUCCUAAAACAAUAUUGACAUCUUGCUGCAUAUUCUAUUUAUACUGCAUAAAAACAACAAAAAUGUAAACGAGCAAUUGAUAUAACAUUCAAUUAGUAAUAGUGUAAUGAAGUUUGUUUUAACGCAGCUUUUAACAAUAUUUCUGCCGUACCUCCGCCCGUCUGUUCGGUUUACCUUACCGAAUUUACUCGAUAACUAACCAAUAUGUACUAUUUUCUCCGGGAGUGACCGACUUAUUAUCCAAAUUGAUUUCUAGAUCACCUGUAAAGCUAUAAGAAUCAAUGUGCGAGUUCAAUUGUCGCGGAAAAAUAGCUUUGCCAGAAGACCGAGUCAACAAUACCUGACUUACUUAUCCGAUGCUUCCCCUUUCGAACUAGAAAUAGUGCAAUGAAGUUGGUUGUACCGCUGCUUGGAGCACAAGUUUUGUCAUACCUCGGUGCUCCGUCUACCUAACCUGAUUUCCUGGAUAAUGAACCAGUAUAUUUUGUCUGCAAGUGACAGACUUAUCCAACUUGAAAACGAAAUAAACGCCUAAUGGAUCAAAUUGCGAGAUCAAUUGUCGCGGAAAAAAAUUAGCUUCGCCAGAGGACCGAGUCAACGAUCCCUGAAUUACAUAUCCGAUGCUUCCCCUUUCGAAUUUCGAAUAAAGUUUUAAUCAGAACAGGUCAUGAUAUUAAAUUUACCACUUUUUAGUUUUUGUCAAAUAGCUUGCAAUGGAAAUUUCCAUUCGAUAGGGUUGUUGGAAAUUAAAGUGAGCAACAACAAUUCCCAUGUAAAA